UCAGGCAGAUCAACUCGAACGGGCGUCAAGUGAACAACACGCAACGACGAUAUAUCCGAACCAAAAUCCAACGAACAAUUCUAUUUGAAAACUCUCAAAGCAUCCAAAUCUAAAAAUCUCAACAUGGUUUACGAAAGUGGAUUUACGACCCGCAGAACCUACUCCUCGAGGCCGGUGACAACUUCCUACGCAGUUACGACUCCACGCUUAGACCUGUGCACGGACAGACCGGGCUCGCACCGCAGCCGGGCCUCCUCGGACUACUCGUACACCUCGAAGUCGUCCGUGGAGAAGAGCAGCUACGACUCGAGCAACCCGCACUCGUACCGCCCGGAGCGCUCCACGUACACGUCGACUGUGGAGAAGACGUCGCGCAGCGGUCCCGGCGGCUCGUACAACUACAGCACAGAGCGGACCAGCACCACUGGCGCCGGACCCGGUGGCUACAGCUAUUCUUCGACCACCAGCGGCAACCUGCCCGGCGGCACCAAGUACCGCCACUUCUCCUACCACGUGUAGGAGACGCACAGCGUCAAAGGAUCGGCGUUGGCUGUCCACGGCUUUGAAUGUUAUGGUGCCCACUAAUACGUCAUUGUUCUGAAUUUAUAUAUAUAUAUAAAUAUAUACAUUUUGCAAAUAAUCCACUUAACCCGCUAACCUUGAGUGCCCAUAUAUAUAUAUAUAUAUUUGUAUACGAAGUUUUCAAUGAUGAUGUAUUUUCGUUUUGACUUGGACUAAUCACCACUAAUGCCCAAAUAGUUUCGCAUAUAGACUAGAUUAACCGAACAAGAUCAACAAUUUCUGUGUGUAUUUGCAACCUUCAAGAAGUCAUGUUAAAACAUAUUUGUGAUACAAUAAAAUAAACACGGUCUUAUCUCAAAUGAACGUAGCAUUAUAUUUUCUUGAAAUGAACAUAUAUAGAGGUCGAUACGAUAUUCAUACUGAAGACACAAAUUAGGAUAAGGAAAUCUAAACCGUUUCUGUCAAGAAAUAUAUGAGAGUUGUCAACUCUUUUGAACC